GCCCCGGUAGAGAAACCCUUCUACCGUAUUAUAUGUUGAGCUAUGGCACUAUGUGUGUCUAGGGUUGGACUGCUCUGGGUGAAAGAGUGAGAUGAGUCGUUAGCUCUAUGCCGCUCAUCAGGCACUCAUAGGUAUCAGUAGCCCACUGUUGCUCGUCCGAUUCAGUUCGGGACCCGUUAGCUCUUCAAUUAAAGGGUAGUUAAUAGCCCAUGUAGGAAUAUCGUCCUACAUAUCAGAAGUGGGAUAGGGUCCGCGUGUGCCACUGCGUGUGGAAAACCGUGAAAAACACGGCGCGAGUGAGAAAUAAGUGAAAAUUGCAGAGACGACGACGCAGAGAGCAACAUGGCCGCCACCGCGUGGAGGAAAAAUGCGGCGUAGAAACAGCGAAAUGCGGCAAGAUAGGACUGCGAAGACCAUCGAGAAGCGCCCCAGCAACUGUGUGGAGGAGCACCCGGCGAUGGAAGUAGCGCAAGUACCCCUGAGUGCCCCAGGAAAGGGAAAUAAAGAGAGAAAAAAUUGAAGGGGAAUAUGUUUCUUUGAAUUGAAAAAGUCAUGAUGAAUUUCUGAGAAAUUUUUGGCAAUUCCAGAAAUUUCUUUGUGUUGACCCUUUUGUGUAUGCUCUGUGUGAAUGGUGGCCACCCGCACAAAAUAAUUGUCUUGUCUUGUCUUGCAGUAACAUGUCUUAACAGGAAUUCAUUUUCAGGCAAUUCAUGAUAAAGUUUGAAUAGAUUUCAUGGGAAAUUAAAUAGGAAAAUAUGUUCAUGAAAAAAUGCAAAAUGUUUUAGAAGUGUUUCAUAGGUUAGUGAAAUUAGCCGAGUUUAUUGAAACAUGAAUUCGACGAGAUUGAGAAACACGAAAUGUUUUGCUGGAAUUUGACCACAUCGUGACAUUUCGGUCGUGCCGAUUGAAUGCUCGGGUAUUGCAUCAUAUUAUUGUCAUUUUAUGCAAGUCAUUUGAGUGUUCAAGGUGUAUUGCAAGGAAAUUCAAGGAAAAGUUCAUUAAAUAUCGCAAAGAAAUCGCAGCAGAGAAAAAACAAUGUCGAGAAGGCAAAACUCCACGGUUGCCAUGCCCAUGGGACCAAAGGAACUAAGCGCAAUAAUCCAGCGAUUUGAUCCAGAUUUGGCCGACUGCGUUGACACAGAGGAUUGGCUUGUAGAAGUUGAAAAUGCGCGUUUGAUGUAUCAUUGGGAAGAGAGGAUUACAAUCCUUUAUGCGUCCAUGCGACUGAGGGGACCCGCUGAAAAGUGGUUCCAUGGCGCCAAAGCGAGGCUGGAUACGUGGGCGAAAUUUCGCGAUGAAUUGCUACAAUUCUUCCCUACCGUGGUGGAUUUCGCGAAAAUACACAAACAACUCGACAGCCGUCGCAAGGCGAAGAAUGAAACAACCUCAUCGUACUUCCACAACAUGAUGGCCCUAGCGGCGAAGGCCAAGGUUGAUGACAAAACCACCAUGAAAUAUAUAAUAAUGGGCCUUCCAUCCGAGUCGUUGAGGACAUCAUUGUUGACGCAAAAUUUCGCAUCUCUUCCACAACUUCUCCGUGUGCUAAUUGAUGCGGAACAAGGCAAUGAAAACGCAGACGAUCCCAAGCAAGACAGGCGCUAUUCCAAGCGCAACUUUGGGCAGAAUUCAGGCCGCUACCAUCCGUACCGCCAUGGCAAGAAGGAUGACAAUGGAGAAUCUCAGCGUGAAGUACACAGGGGAGCCAAAAGUGAGAAAGAGCAGAAAACCACCAAGGAGCAACGGAGCUCUGAGAAACUUUGCUACAAAUGCAAGAAGCCCGGACAUUUGAUUGCUCAGUGCCCACAAUAAUUCCGAUGAAUUCCAAUGUAGGAAUAAUUAAAUUGAAUUUCGAGGAAAUAAAGAAGCUUAAACCUACUGAGUGUAGUCAGGUGUGAAGUCAAAUAAAAAAAAAAAAAAAAAAGAAAUUACAGAAAUGCAUUGUUAUUUAUUCGAGAUUUUAAUUAGUUGUUUUUCAGGACAGAAAAGUGAAAUUAAGAUCUCAAGGUAAGCCUACUAAAUAUAAAUGGAGAAUAAUUUCUUUGUCAUUUUAGAGAAUGGUCAUACAACGAGGAAGCAACAAAGAAAUGUGAAGGAUUUAAAAUAUCAAAUAUUAUAUGCCCCACUCAGACACAAUCUAGAGGUAAUGAAGGAAGAGAAUCUUAAGCCUACGACCGGAAAUGAGGACUGGAUUGAUGUUAAGGAAGGCUAUGUGCCGAAGUCAAGCAUUGGCUGUGUGCCGCUUGAAAGCUGAGUGCGCUAAACCAAGAUGCAAAGAAGGAAAGCAACACGAAACGUACAAUAGGAAUUAAGAAUUAGAUAGAAGGAAGAUAAAUUGCUAACCAAGACGAGAGCCGAAGCAAGAAGACUUCGUCUUCACUAGCUGAGCCCCAGGCUUAGUUCUUUCACAGAGCUCAUAGUACUAUGUGUACUCCCCCAUGGAAGAAAGGCAAGAGAUUUAAGAAACAAGAUGACAACGAUGAAUUACAGCGGAAAGAAUCAGGACACUGGAUUGACCAUUCACUUCAUCAAUGAGGACAUUGAUCAUAUCAGGAAGGCCGAGAUGUAGAACAAUGCUAUGUGCCCCGGUAGAGAAACCCUUCUACCGUAUUAUAUGUUGAGCUAUGGCACUAUGUGUGUCUAGGGUUGGACUGCUCUGGGUGAAAGAGUGAGAUGAGUCGUUAGCUCUAUGCCGCUCAUCAGGCACUCAUAGGUAUCAGUAGCCCACUGUUGCUCGUCCGAUUCAGUUCGGGACCCGUUAGCUCUUCAAUUAAAGGGUAGUUAAUAGCCCAUGUAGGAAUAUCGUCCUACAAUAAUAACUUAAGACAUAAAAAAACAUUACAGAAGUGGUGACACUUGAGGUUAAUUAGAAAGUGCAAUUGGCAAAUAUUUGCGCAUUGAUACUUUGUAGCAACUUUUCAUUUUUUCCGUUAAAAUAAACAUUGAAAGAGGUUUCAUGGUACAUAUUACCUAUCGCUUUUUUGCAAAUUGUUAAAUCAGGUAGGUAUUUGAAGAUUUUUUUAAACGAUUUUUUGAGUUUGUGAAUUCCUCAUUCCAAGUUAAAUUACGUACGACAUAGACAAAAUCAAAUCAUCAUCUAAUCAAAGAAGUAUCAUUGACGAUUACUUUUCUUUUCAAAUUAAUAAUUUUUUUAACUUUAAAAUUUAUCUAAAAAUGUAAUAGUAAGGGUUUUCAGUAUGUUACUUAUUGAUAAUAUAUUUAUGCAAUAUUUUACUGAGAGUUGAGCGACUCUUUAGAUUUUCUCACAGCUUUGGUUUGCUUAUGUGUGGAUGAAAAACAAACAAUACAUCUUUUCGCGUAAAUUUUCCUCACGCUCACAUUUUUAGGAUUCUUUUUUUUUUUAAUAAUGGGUGAUAAACUCUACACAUCGUACAAAGUGCUCAAUCACGAAAUUUAUUAACCGGCAAAAAGGAGGCAUGAACUCGAUUUUACUCAAAGAAAAAUCUACUUUUUUGUCAAACCAAAAAUAACCAAAAUACAAGUCCCAUGACUUCUCUCUCGUGCUUAACCCCCUCCCACACUCAACUUGGAAAUUGCGACAAAUUAUGCGACAGUAAUUACGUACAUAACUCAAACAAAUUUAAGCCAUUUCAAGCGGAAACUUCUUAAAGGCUUCGUGUUUUUUUUCUAAAGAAAUCCCUUGCAAAAGGAAGUUGAUAAGAAGACGAGAAAAAAAUCCCCUCGACAGGAAUUUAUUUCAAUUAAAAUUUAAAUGGGAUUUAUUUUGGGGGGAUUUCAGACUUAAUCCAGUCUUUUACUUGGAAAUUUAAUACUACGCCCUGUGAGCUGAUGUGUUUAUUUAAUUCUCCAUCACUCCUUUUGAUGCAACUUCCUCCGAUGAAUUACGCAAUGCGAAAUCAUAAUAUUUUUCUUGAGGAUUAAAUUUAUUAAUCAUUCAUCACGUAGAGAGAACUAUAACACUAUAUAGUAUAGCACAAGGUCUGUCUUCUGAAAAUCAUAUAGAUAUAUUUUAUUUGAUUAAAUAAAGAUAUGCCUAUAUGCACCGUAUAUAGGUAUCUUGUGAAGAUUUUUCUUAAAUGAUUAAUUUUUGAUGAUCGAAUUCAUGAUGAAUGGUACAGUUUUGUUGUGUCGUAGUUUAUCUCUGCAAUUGUUGGCAUUGAUUAACCACAUUUAUUUAUCUUUCUUCACAUUGAAUCCCUUCAAGGAGGGCUCAGUGAGGAGACACAACCAAACCAUUUAUGGGAUGAUUCUUAUACACAAUCUUACAUUAUACAAAUGUUCCCGAAAAAAGGCUAUAUGUAUCUAUUUUUGUAUCACAAUAACCCGGCGCUCCCUUGAACUGUAAUUAGAAACAUCAAUCAACUGUUGAAUGAAAAGGAGGGCGAGGGACCCCUAUGUAUGUAUCUCGUCAUCCGGAGGGUGAUCUCCUAACCCAGAAUUUUCCAUCAUGUGAAAUUGAAUUAGACGCUAAAAAUUUUGUCAUUAAAUUGACAAAAUACUUGUUGACGUCUGGAUGAAGAUAAACAAAUCUUUUAAGUUAAUAAUUCUCUAAAAGAUAAUAUUGAUUUGAGUAUAAAAAGAUUUUAUGUAAAAUUAAUGAUUUAAUCAUGAUAUCGCGAUACAAUCAUCCUCAAAAUAGCAGAUAAAUGUCCAAUUGGUAUUCUUGUACCAUUAUUUAUCACUAAUUAAAAGUAAUAAGAAAAAAAAGCCCAAAAAGCUUCAAAUAAUCUUAUCUUUAAGGCGAUUGAGAAAUUGAUCAACUAAUUUACCAUGAUUUCUUUUGC